UCGUCUACGAUCAGGACAGGCGGUUCAGCAACGUGCGUCUGUUGCGACAACAUUGGAAAGUUCUUUUGGGUCGGUGACAGCAAGGGCUCAGUUUAUGCGUUUGUCAUUCAUCUGACACCGGGAAAAAUAUUCAAAGGAAAAAGAACCAUUCUGAUGGACAGCGUUCCGGUGACGUCCGUCGAAGUGAGGGCAUUAAUCAGUCGAGGAGUGAGUGAAAACUGGCUUUUGGCGGAUCUACGGGCGAACGCAGCUUGUCUCUACAGAGUUUGUGCGAAAGACGGUUCCCUGCAGUUUUAUAGAAAGUUCUUUACGCAGCAUGUUCGCCAUAACUUGCACAGUCACUUUUCACCGCUUAUCUCGUCUGGCGGAAUGGCAUGCAUCGUUUGUCCAAGCGAAGAUGGCAACGUUUAUUUAUUCGAUUUCAACUCAGACGGUCGUAAAUACAUGUUGAAGGUUUCGCACGAAUCCGGCCCGGUCAUCGACUGCUGUCUUAACCACGACGAAAGCUGUGUGCUGUUUGGAGACGCGGCGGUAAGAAUCUAG